AUGCGAGUGAGUAAUGUUUUUCCUCAAAAAUAUAUUUUUUAAAGGUGUUCCUGAAGUUACAAAUUAUGGAUCAAGACGAAUCUUUUAUUAAUGCUGAUUUAUUUAACGUCCAUGAUAUUACUGAAAUAGAAGACUUCCUUAACAAUUGUGAUGAUGCUUUUAUGCGUAAACUGGAAGAGGAGCUGGCAACCACGGAUGACUCUGGGUUACUUAGUAUUGACACUAAAAUAAAAACAGAAAAUUCACCACUAUCACAACACAGUCCACAUUUCAACAGUCCUGGGAAUCCUCUUGUAUCUCAGUACACACAUACAGUAAAAGCUUCUCCUCAGUCCCCACCGAACAUUAAAAGGAGUCCUGUACAGGUAGUGCCUAAUAGUGGAUUCGAUGAUGGAUACGGUUCGACGAAAUUACGUAAAACAAACGAUGGUGCGCCUCUACCCGACGUGACUCAACCCAGUAAAAAUAGAGGCCCUGCUCAGGGCCCAAUGAUAGUGCAGCAAGUUCUACAAAACCCCCUAUAUGUAAACUUGGCACCAGGGAGCAUACAUCAGCUGCCAGAUGGCCGAGGAUCUCUUGUCCAAUUAGACAGCGUCCCACAAGUGAAACAGUCGAAUAAACCACAGCAAGCUGGACAGCCACUGCUGAUUCAAAAUAAUCCUAAGGGGAUGACUCCUCUUAUUUUGAAAACUACAGAUUCAAAUUUCUCACCAGUGAUAUUACAACCAAAUAUUAUAAAUACAGAAGCUCAGACUUUAAUGUAUACCAGUGCACCUGUUCAAGGAUCCCAAAACAUUCUAAACUCUAAAUCCAGUCCAGAAAACCGACCUAUCCAUACAUUUUUCACAAGUAACAGUGGGCCAACAUUGUUGACCACGGGAAUACCAGUUGUUAUGGAGGGCGAUAAGAUUGCCCUUAGCCAAGUACCAAGUCUUGGUGUGCCUAAGGUCAAGGAGGUCAAGCGGAGUGCCCACAAUGCCAUUGAAAGACGAUACAGAACAAGUAUCAAUGACAGAAUUAUAGAACUUAAGAACAUGCUAGUAGGAGAGGAAGCUAAGUUGAACAAAUCAGCAAUAUUAAGAAAAACAAUUGAAUACAUUAAGUACUUACAAAAUCAAAAUACCAGAUUAAAACAAGAGAAUAUGGCUCUCAAGUUGAAGUACCAGAAAACUGGCACUAAAGAGUCUGUUUACGAAGGGGCAUACACACCGCCUCACAGUGAUAUCUCUUCACCAUACCAUUCACCACAUGCCCUGGAUAGUGAUUCGCCUAGUUCACCAGAUUUUAAGAUUGAUGACAAAUAUUCAAAAAUUGUUAUGGGGAUGGGAGAUCACUCCCGUUUGGCAUUAUGUGCAUUCAUGGUUGGGCUUAUCGCCUUCAAUCCAUUCAGUUCUUUCUUAGGCAGCUUUAUGUCUGAGUCUUCAAGCAAUGACUUUUCAGCAAGAGUUGAUCAAAGGAAAAUUUUAUCUGACAACUACAGCAGUAACAUUGGAAUGUCAUGGGCCUCUUGGUUGUUCAACACAUUCUUUAUUUAUCUUAUAAAUUUUGUGAUUCUUGGAGGAUGUCUUGUUCAACUAUUGGUUUAUGGUGACUCUGUACCGAAAUCACAAUCUAAGGAAGCCGGUCUAUUCUACAAGCACAAAAAGCAAGCAGAUGAAUUUUUAAAAAAGGGUGACGUAACAAACGCUCAAUUGGAAUUGCACCGUUCUUUAGCUGUGUGUGGUAAAAGUGUGCAAGCGGGCGGACAAGGGCAUGCCAAGUAUUCUGCGUUGGUGUCGGCAGUUCUUCGGCAGAUAUUGCAGCGCUUACCCUUCGGUGGAUAUCUGACCCGACGUGCAGGCGAUUUGUGGUGUGAUAGUCCUGCCAGACGAGCAACACAGAAGUGGGCGGCCGAAGUCUCCAGCGUAUCCCAUCGUCUCGCGCAGUUGGAGAUCCUAUCGAGUCACAGCGGUCGCAGCGAGCGAGUACUUUUAGCGCUGCAAGCGGUAAAUCUGGCAGAAGUGUCUGGGAAUAGACAACUAAUGGCCGAUACUUACGUCAUCGCUGCACUGGUGUUCAAAGAUUACAUGCCUAAGAUCGGGAACUGGCUCUGUGGCUACUACCUCCGCCUGUGCCGCGUGACGUGCUCGGAUUCGUGCGCAUUACCGCCGGUGCGUCUGCGCUGGGUGACGAGCGCGCGCGGGUAUAAGUUCCUGCGCGCGCGCCGCUGGAGCUACGAGCGCGCGCACCCUCCCUCCGCGCUCUUCUGCCGCCCGCCCGACCCCGCCGACCCCCUCCAGUAUGCCAUGAGGGCGUACCACCUGGACUUGCUGCAAAAGAGUCUUCAGAUGCUUCUCUGCGCGGACGAACGCAGCAACACCCGCGACGUACUGGAAUUGGUCAAGUUGAUAACCGACGACGUGUCCACCGACGCCCCGCAACACACUGGUUGCUGGGACCCAGUCAUGGAGUGGUGGGCGAACAUCGUGGGAGUAGCAGCCGCCUGGCUUCUGGCUGAUAGCUCUCGCGCGUCUGAAAUCGGGGACCGGCUGUACAUACUGCCUGAGCCUUUGGCCACUUCCGAAGAUCCUUUACCGGGGGCCCUGCAUAUGUCGUACAAAAGCCGCCGGGGACUAUUGAGCCUCGCUCAGUGUCGAGAUGAACUCGCCCUCGAGAAGACGUCGGAAACCAUACUCAAGGUCUGUGAUAUUGCUGGAGGCAAGCUAGCAGACUCCUUGGCAUACUAUUGCUGCAAACAACCGACACAGCUGAUGAUGCUGAUGCAGGUGCUAUGCGUCGACUGGCUGUUAGAAGUGCGCGCCGGAGUAUGGGAGGCGACCUGUGGUUCGUCGCCCGCGCCGCACGCGCAGUUGCGUGGCUUUCAACGAGACUUGCAUUCGCUUCGCCGCCUGUCGCAGAGCUUACCGUGGGUGACGUCACGCGUGUUCCUGCAAUCGGCAGUAUGCCGCAUGAUGGCGGGCGCCGCGCCGCGCCGCACGCAGCAGUUACUGGACGGCAGCCUGCGCCCGCGCUUAAACCGUUCCUCUAUCAUCUGCGGGAAAGAGCGAGCCCUAGAAGGCGGUGGCGGCGACGGAGAACGCGCUGUAGCUCUAUACAUGGCCUGCAAGCAUCUGCCGGCCGCAGUAUUGGCCGCGCCGGGCGAGCGAGCCGGAAUGUUGGCUCAAGCCGCCGCUACGUUACUACGCCUCGGGCACCGAAGCCGCCUGCCACACUGCUACCAUCUCAUGAAAUCUGUGGGCACGCUACCCGCAGCGCCGUAACUUGGCAACCCAUAUAAGAUACUGGUCGUAUCAGCACGCUACACUGGUAUUAUGGGUGAAAGAUUUUAGAAUAGCAGAAACUCUAAUACUACCUUACCUGUUGUUUCUAUCUAUUAGUAUGCUAUGGCAGAGAACUACUACUAUUUUAAUAAUAAUCAUUUGGUUGUAGUAAAAAUCACAAUCACGACUUCUAUUUCGGCAGGUCUGAUUAAUUAUAUCCGCAAAAAAAUUGUACCUGACGAAAGGACACUGCGUGUUGCAGACUUUAUUUUUUCCAUGAACUUGUUUUUAUUUAUUUUUUUACUUCGCACUUAGUGCUUAGCUUUAUUAUACCCAUUAUAUUUAGUUUAGUUUUCGAUCAAACUUGUUAUAAGUUUACAACAACAGUGGUUAGUCCAGUAGAUGUAUUAAAAAUACUAAGCAGUUAUCGAGUUAUGUUAUUUGUUUUAAUGUAUUAUCAACAUUGUCUUACUUUUAUAGUUAACCAAAUAUGUACAAUAGAACAUAAUUAUGGAGCGAAUAUCGUGCCUCUCUAGACCUGCUCGAGACAUUUUUGAACAUCAGGCCAUUUGUGCCUAGCACAAAACAUUUGUUUCGGGCUGCUUUAUAAAAGUGUUUUAUAAUUAUGAUGUAUAAUGAUGAAGAAAAAUAAACACUUUUGUUCAGAUUUA